AUGUUUAAGUCGUGCAAAAUGCUGAAGGUUUUAUAUUUUAAUAAAUUAAUAACAAAAGGCUUGUGUAGUAAAGGAUUAAUAUAUAAGGGCUUAUGUUUUCGAAAAUUUAAUUCUAUUAUACAAAAUGAAAGCAAAGUUGAUAAUAAAUAUAUUUAUAAUGUAUAUAAAUUAAACGACAUAUAUUAUAACAAUUUGAAGAUAAUAAAUAAUUAUGAUGAAUUUUACAACUUUAUAAUAAAGAAUGAAUAUUUUAAAGAUUAUGCACAAAUAACAAAUAGAUUUUCUAAAGAAAGUAAUAAUAUAACAAAUAAUGAGAAUACAUGUGAUGAUACAUUAUAUAGUGAUAAGAAUAUAAUGGGGGAAAAAAAAACCAUAUUAAAUGAUGCUGCAAAUAAAAGAAUAGAAGAAGAUAGUGAUAAAAAUAUUAUUAAUUCUAAUGAUUUACAAGUGUUAUAUUUUGGUUGUUAUGAAAAUAAUAAUAGUAUAAUAUUAUUUAAUAAAUUUAAAAGUAUUAUUGAGAAAAAUAAAAAGUUACAAUUUUAUUUUAUUGAUGUUAAUUUAUGUCCACAAGGUUCAUAUAAUUGUAAUAUUAUUUUUGUACCUACAGUUCUCUUAAUAUAUAAAAAUCAUAUAUACAGAAAAAAAUUAGAAAUUAAUUAUGAUCAACCAGUGGAUGAUAAUUACUUAAAUGAAUUCUUAUCAAACGUACAACAAAGUAUUGAUUAUUUCCAUAAAUAUAAUAAUAAAUAUAUAUAUUCUUUAAAAAAACAAAGCAAUUAUUUGAAUACAAAAUAUAUUGAUAUAGAUAAUCAAAACAUUCACAAGGAAAACUGGAAUACCUUUUAA